AUGACUCGAUCAUUGUGUAAGGUCGAAAAACUGAAAGGUCUCAUUAUUACUACUGACUCAAUUAAAGGUCCAGUUAUUAAUGCUAAAGAACAAAGAAGUGGUGUUGUUUCAAUAUUAGAAUUAACAUCGUUAGAUGAUACAAACUCUCAAGUAUGCCCUGUUCGCCACCUUGCAACAUACCUUAGAGCCUCUAAAGGAAAAAGAAAGCCCCAUUCGGGUGACUCUGUCUUUAUUAAGAAUGAGGGUGAACCGCUUCUAGUUAAUGAUAUUAACUCAAUUGUACUAUCAACACUCUCAAAGUCAGGUAUUGAUAUUGUCAAGUUCAAAUCUCACUCUACCCGUUCCGCUAUGGCUUCUUUGCUGUUGUCCAAUAACUUUUCGUUCCACGUUGUUAAGAAGAUGGGUCGUUGGAAAUCAAAUGAUACUGUAGAUACCUUCUACGAUAAAAGAAUCAUUGGUGAAAAAUCUGGUGGUUUCUUAAAUACUGUCGUCCAAAUUUCAUAA